UUCUGAGGCAAAAAUACGACGGGUGCAACGGAUGAUUCCCCUAAAUUUAAUACUUUUUGACAAAUAUUGUAUAAUUUUACCUUAAAAUCAUUCAAAACUUUAUCAACUUUUUAUGUUUUAAUUUAGAGUUGUUACCCCAGACUUGUCAAUGUUCUUGGUAGCUCGAGUCACCAAUGCUCAGUGGUUUCAAUGCCCGCUUCCCAUAAUCUCUCACCGUUUGAAGCCCAAGCUUCCUUCAUUAUUAUACAAUGCCAAGUUUUAUAGGUUUAACAAGCUUUCCUAUAGCUUGGACAAAGAAAGCGACGAUUUUCUAUUGUGGUUGGAAAGAAAAGCUGGGACCCAUGUGUCAUCUAUUCUUUCGAUUGGAAAAUCGUCAUACGGCAGGGCAUUGUAUGCAUCAAAAGUUAUACGAACUGGAGAUUGCAUUUUGAGAGUUCCUUACAAAGUGCAACUAGCACCAGAUAAUCUCCCGUAUGAAAUUAAAAGUUUGUUAACUGAUGAAAUUGGUCAUGUUGCGAAGCUUGCUAUUGUAGUUUUACUUGAGAUGAAACUAGAAAAGCAUUCUGAUUGGGUCCCUUAUAUCAGCUACUUUCCUUGCCUGAAGGACAUGCAUAGCACCAUAUUUUGGAGUAACGAUGAGUUGGAGAUGAUUCGCCAAAGUUCUUUGUAUCAUGAAACUAUUCAUCAAAAAUCUCUAGUCAAAAAUGAAUUUUUGACAAUUAAAAAUGCUAUUGAACGAUAUGAAAUAUUUGAAAGCAUCACUUAUAAGGAUUUUAUGCAUGCAUAUGCUUUAGUUAGUUCUCGAGCAUGGGGAAGCAUAAGAGGUGUAUCCUUGAUUCCAUUUGCAGAUUUUUUAAAUCAUGAUGGGAAUGUGGAAGCAUUUCUUUUGAAUGAUGAUGAAAAACAACUAUCAGAGGAACUCAAUUUCGUUACUAAUCAUCCUUUAUGCAAAGUUCUUGACUACAACUGCUUGUCUUCCUCUUUUCGAGCUACUGUGCUUGCCAUUUCCAGUCAUAGUGAACCUGCCUAUUAUCAUCAUGCAGCUGGCAUUCCGGUGUGGGACUUAGCCAUGGCGGAUGAGAUUGAUGCUCUUGAGCGAAACCAAACUUGGACUAUUGAUAGUUUACCUCCUAAUAAACAUGUUGUGGGCUGUAAGUGGGUGUAUAAGAUUAAACACAGCGCUGAUGGUUCUGUGGAGUGUUACAAAGCUCGGUUAGUAGCUAAAGGCUACACCCAACAGGAAGGCAUUGAUUACAAUGAUACUUUUGCUCUUGUCGCAAAGCUUGUUACUGUGAAGUUAGCUUUUGCUCUUGCUGCCAUUCACGGUUGGUUUCUAUAUCAACUCGAUGUCAAUAAUGUUUUCUUACAUGGCGAUUUGCAUAAGGAGGUAUUUAUGACUCUACCUCAAUGGUAUUGUCCUAAGGGGGAGUUACCAGCCAAUCCCGUUUGCAAGCUGCAAAAGUCUAUAUAGUUUGAAGCAAGCAUCUCGACAAUGGUUCGAAAAGUUUUUAGUGCAUUAAUGGAAGAAGGCUUUGUACUUUCUGCUACAGAUCACUCUUUAUUCAUACAACAUUCAGGUACAAGUUUCAUUGCAUUUUUAGUCUACAUUGAUGAUGUGAUUAUAACCAGCAAUGAUCUUGAUAAAGUUGAAGCUUUAAAGAAGAGGUUGAAUGCUCGGUUCAAGCUGAAAGAUCUAGGCAACCUAAGGUACUUCCUUGGAUUAGAGAUAGCUCGGUCAAACAAGAGUAUUUUUGUUUCACAAAGGCCUUAUGCGCUCCAAUUACUAGAAGACAUUGGUUAUUUAGGAAGCGAACUAGCCAAUACUCCUAUGGAGCCGAAUCUGAAACUCAGUCAAGAAGUAGGAGAAGAACUUGAUAAUCUUCAAUUGUAUGAACAUAUCAUUGGAAAGCUUCAAUACUUGACCAUAACUAGACCUGAUCUUUCAUACUUAGUGAAUAAACUAAGUCAGUUCCUUGCCACACCAAGAGUGCCUCAUUUGAAGGCAACCCAAAGACUAUUACAGUAUGUUAAAGCUUGUCCUAGUUUAGGACUUUUAUUUCUUGCUAACUCUGAAGUUAAAUUGAGGGCUUAUACAGAUUUGGAUUGGGGGGCUUGUCAAGAUUCGAGGAGAUCAACUUCAGGUUUCUGUGUGUUUCUUGGUAGCUCUUUGAUAUCAUGGAAAAGCAAGAAGCAAGAUGCAGUUUCGAGAUCUUCAGCUGAAGCUGAAUACAGAGCAAUGGCAAAUACUACUUGUGUAAUUGUUUGGUUACUCUCUGUGUUAAAAGAGCUCAAGCAAGUUCACACUGGACCAGUAGAACUCUUUUGUGAUAAUCAAGCAGCCUUGCACAUCGCUGCAAACCUAGUGUUUCAUGAGAGAAUGAAACAUAUAGAAAUAGACUAUCACUUGGUUAGAGAAAAGGUUCAAUCCGGACUCAUCAAACCAUCACACAUUUCCUCUCUGGAACAAAUGGCAGACAUCUUCACCAAGGCUUUAUUUCCCAGUCAGUUCAAGUACUUGAGAGACAAGAUGGGAUUGCAAAGUAUUUACAAUCCAUCUUGAGGGGAAGUUUUAGAGUCAUUAGAUGUUUACUAAUUCAGUUAGGAAGUUCAGCUGUGAUUUUCUGUUACAACUAAUUAGUUAGAGUUGUUAUUACUUCUCUCUUUCAUUUUUGUAAUCAGUAUAAAUAGAGUCCUGUACCAAGUGUUCUAUUCGAUCAAUUAUACAGAGAAUUCUUUUCUGGAUUUACUCAACUUUCUACAACUAA